AGACAAUGAACACAGCAUAUGUAAAUGGCCUUGGAAUUAAUGGUCACGCCGCAGACCACUCAGAAAACGGAAUAGCAGUUACGAAGACUAAUGGUUGCCACAUGACUAAUGGCCAUCAGACGGCAGGAAAGGAUGCAAGUUUGUACUCGACUGGACCUCAUGAGGCUAUCCCAGAGCGUGUAUUGAUCACUGGUGGUGCAGGCUACCUUGGUUCAACCCUGGUACCCCUGUUGUUGCAACGUGGUUAUGAUGUCGUUGUAUAUGACAAAUUCCUGUGGGGAGUGAGUCCUCUAUUGGGUUACGCAGGCAAUCCACAUCUGAAGAUUGUGCGCGGAGAUGUUCUGGACAAGAAGCAUCUAGCCAAUGAAAUGGGGGACUGCGACAUUGUUAUUCAUCUUGCUGCUAUUGUUGGUUACCCCGCCUGUGAGAAAUUUAAGGAAUUAGCUGAGGAGGUUAACUUGCAAGGUACUCAAAAUGUUGUUGACAAUCUCUUGCCUGGUCAGCAACUGAUUUAUGCUUCCACUGGCUCAUGCUAUGGAGCAGUUGAAAAUGGUCUUUGCAGUGAAGAAACACCAAUAAAUCCAUUGACACUGUAUGGCAGAACUAAGGCGGAAGGAGAGAAGAUAGUCUUAGAGGCUGGAGGAGUUGCCCUGCGUUUAGCCACUGUCUUUGGAGUUUCUCCCCGUCUGAGGCUUGAUCUACUGGUGAAUGACCUAACGUACAAAGCCCUUACUGUGAAGCACUUUGAUCUUUACCAAGGGGAAUUUCGUCGCACUUUCUUGCAUGUGAAAGAUGCUGCUCGUGCUUUCGUCUUUGCUAUAGAAAAUGUUGAAAAGAUGGAAGGCCAAGCAUUCAAUGUGGGAGAUGAAAAAAUGAACUUUUCCAAGUCCGAUGUUGCUAAGUUCAUACAGGAAGCUGUUCCAGAAUGCAUGAUAAGUGAAUCAAGCAAUGGAGAGGACAAAGAUAAGCGGGAUUAUCAAGUUUCUUACAGGAAGAUAAAAGAUUUGGGUUAUUCAGCCACGAUCAGUGUUCCAGAUGGUAUUCAGGAACUUCUGAAGAUUCUUCCAAUUAUAACUCCAGAGGAUGCCAAAAAAGCUAGGAAUGUUUGAAUACACACAAUAUUUUAUACUUAUCUUUGGUUUUAAUAAUGCAAUCAAUAGGUAGAUGUGCGAUAUUUAAUUGACAAGGAACUCUAUCCUGUUGAAGAAAAAACUGCUUGUUAAGAAUAUACUAUUGUCACUGAAAAAUUUGUGACUUCUUACAAAACUGUACUUAUUUAAUGAUGUUGGAUAUAAUAUGUUAACUCUGUUCAAUUUUAAUGGUCAAGACCAAUUUAAACUUUUUAAAAGAAGAGCUGCAAGUGUUUUGAGAGAUUUCUGAGCCACUAAUGCAGUUCUUUUCAUUUUUGGAAUUGUCCUCAGUGGGACUAUGCUUUAAUUACUUUCCCAUGAAAAUAGGUGCUUAAAAUGUGGCCAUGUUUCGAUUUUGACGCAUUAUGAAUGAAAUUUUAAAAGUUUCAGAGAAAAUUUUGUUGUGACAUUGCCAGUUGGCAACUGAUGGCAUUAGGCAGCCAUGUUGGUUGUCAAGAAAAAAACAUUUCCUGUGCUGGAAUGUUAAGUCUUUUUGAUGCCAAUUCUUUGAAAAAAUGACUUUUUCAGUCACUUUACAUGGCAACCUUGUCACAUGGUCGCAAACCAAGGAUAGUGUAGUUGUUGAUAUUUAAAACAUUUAUGUGAUUUAUUUAACAAAAUUAGUAGAAUUCAGACAUGGGUAUUUGAGUUGUAAAUUAACAUAGACUUUCCAUAGACUUUUACCUUUUUGUGACAUAAAUGUUUACAUUCUGCUUUUACUAACAAAAAACGCGCUCAAGUAGGUGUCCAUCUCAAUAUGAAUUGAAUGGAAAAAUAGAAGAUAUUUUUUGAGUUGUUAAUUCAAAUGAUGAGUGCAGCCUUUCACUCGCUCAUAUUGAUAUUAUCAGUAUAAUCAGUAUAACCUAAGAUCGUUGUCCUGUAGGUAGACACCCCUGCAACCAAAAAAGUGUCCCUUUGUAGAGGUGGGGUAAAUAAAGGUCAGUGCUUAUAUGUGACUGGGACCAUGAAUAGUGUCUCCUUCCAGUAAGUGUCUGCCUCAUCGCCAGCUGCUUCCAAUCGCUUAUUUAAGAAAUUUUAGUUAGUCACUGAGGAAACUGAGUGGGGGCAAAAAGAGAGAUUCCUACUAUCCCCUGCUGGUUUUCUCUGUUCUUCCUCAGCCCCCUUGUGGAAUUCCACGGAGGUAGAGGUGGUGUCUGUUUACAGAGGUUCAACUUCAGUAAGAUAACCUUUUUCUUAGUGUGUUAACACUUUCAGCAUUUCAAUGUGCAUUUUAUUGUUUCUGGUCGUCUGCCUCUGCAUCUUUUAAGAAAUAUAGCAAACGCUAAAUGAAUUCUGGUCGUUGUACUCAAAUGCCGUCACGAAAAUGGCUCGUGGCGAGAGUCAAUAACAGCUGGCUGUGAGGAAACAUUUCUUUGAAAAUAUUUGUCUUAGAAGGUUAACACGUGAAUACAGCGUUGAUUGGCUCAGCAAUAUUUAUCCAGAUAAUACUAGGGACUGUAUAGCUACCCUAGUACUAAUUAUGCAGAUAUCACUUUACAUCAGUUAUUUUGGUUUUCUUCGAUUUUAACUGCGAUAUUUUUGAUAUCUGUGUAAUUCAAUGGAGUAAAUAUAAAUAAAUAUAUAACCUUGCGCAAGGAAUAUCCUUCAGUCUCUCGGACAUAUAAUCAGAGAAAAGUAACUGUUGCCCUUCCAAUAUUAGCAAAACUGUGAUGUUUUUGUGUUUUGUUGUUGUUGUUUUUUUAACUCGAUUACUAUUAUGCUAGAGAG